AUGCUUGGUCAGUUUCCCAGCGCUGGCACUUUUGGCCUGGCAGGGACCAUGAAUCACCAGAGAGGAUUUUUCUGUGGCCCGCCGAAAGGCCCGGUUCCGCUGAGCGCGUUCGAGCUGAGCACCUUGAUCGCGAAGCGCGGCAAGAGCCAGGAAUGGGCGUUCCUGUGUGGCCUGUUGGACAGGACAGCCGUGCAGCUGGAUGUGGUGUGCUUGAGCGCUGCCAUGCAGCUCUUCAACCGGGUCUGUCAAUGGCAGAGGGCGCUGGCGUUGAUCGGCCUCAUGGCCCACAGGUGCAUCAAGCCCAACGAAAGGAGCUACACCGCCGGAAUCAGGGCAUGCGAGAAGGCUUUGCUGUGGCAGCCAACAAUGCAGAUGCUCCACCGCAUGUCCAGCGUCAACUUGGAAAAGAACCACUUCGUUCAGUCUGCAGCCCUCAGUACCUGCGAUUCCACUGGCCAAUGGAGCGUCGCCGCGCGCCUCGUGGACACCGCGCCUUGCAAUGCGGUGGUGUUCAACUCGGCACUGGCGGCCCUGGGGCACAGCUGGCGCGCAGCCCUGUCCCUGAGGCGGGGGCUCCAACUGGAUUCCAUCAGCUACAAUACCCUGGGCACAGCUCUGGAGCGGAACAGCCGCUGGCAAAAGAGCGUCUCCACGCUUCUGAGCUCCAACCUAUUGGAUCAGGUGGGCCGCAACUGCGUGGCCCGGUCGCUGGGCGCUCGGUGGCAGAGGGCGCUGGGCUUUCUGACGUGGAGCGCGGUGGGCUGCGGCACGGUGAUGGGCAGCUGCCACUGGCGGCAGGCCCAGCAGCUCAUGCGGAACAUGCUGAGCCGGGGUCUGGUGCCCAACUCCAUCAUCCACGGAGCACUUCUCACCACCCUGAGCCAGGAGGACUUUUGGAGCCGCUCCUUGCAUCAGCUGCGGCGGCGCGAAGUCAACGGAGUGGCCCUCAACACGGUCUUGACCUCUUGCCGCAGAGGCGGCCGCUGGCCGCUGUGCCUCUUUUUGCUCAGCGGCAUGCCGAUUUGGCGCUUGCGCCCGGAUCACAUCAGCGAGAGCGAGGUUGUGAGCGCGUGCGAGUCAGGGGGUGAAUGGCAAACGACCUUGGCCUUGCUGGAAUCUCAGGCACCUGGCAACAUGGAUGAGAUGACGGUGGAGACGGUGCGGCGAGAAGCCCAGCUCUGGCGCCGAGGCGCAAGGGAUACCGCUGAAAACGCGUCGCUGGGAGGCCCUACGCCUUUGGCGCAGAUGGGUGCACUGCUGUGGUCAGUCGCCAGCCUCUUGGCCACCGACAGCAUCUCCGUUUCCGCGCUGGCGGCGGCAGGUGAGAUUCGCGGGGGAUUUCGGCGGCUGAGCACGGCCAGCUUGGCCAAUUUGGCGUGGGCGGUCGGCACCUUGAAGGUGGCGCCUGAGCUGCUGCUGGGCACCGGGGACGAGCUCCUGAAUCGAGCUUUGUGCCCUUCGGUGGCGGAGGCGUUGAUCACCGUCACCUGGGCCCGGGCGCAGCUGGGAGCCGCGGGGCCGCGCGCCUCAGCGGCGCUGGAGGCCUUGCGGCGCCUGGGCCGGGCCCGGGAUGAACCGCUCCCGUUGGACCCCCCGCCCCAGCCCACGGCCUUGACGCGCGGUGUGCAAGUAGGGCCCGAGCCAACGGCGGUGGAGCUGGAGAACUGCUUGGUGAUUAGGAAGCCCAGCGGCUGGCAGAUCUACGACAGUCUAGAGCAGGGGCGGCCGGAUCAGAGCCGUGGCAACCUCACCAGCUUCGUCCAGUCACUGAAACGACGGCCCAUCCUCAAGGACUUUGCCUGCAAGUUGGGCUUCCUCCACCGUUUGGAUGUCCCGAGCUCGGGUUUGAUUUUGGUGGCCACCAGCUACAGCUCCUACUACCAGCUCCGCUGGCAGCUGGCUAGUGGAGAGAUGGGCAGGGACUACCAGGUGCUUGGCCAUGGGUGGCUCCGGAGCCGCAGCUGUUCCGCGCCUCUGCUGUGGCCCACCCGGGCGGACGAAGCCCGCGCCACGCGCACCCGGGUGCCGCGCGGGAGAAGCGGCUGGCCAGCGCUCACGAAGGUGACGGCUGAGCGGCACGGCCUCCACGACGGCAGCGCCUUUACGCUGACAGCCAUUCGAAUUGGGACGGGACGAAGGCACCAGAUCCGCGUUCACCUGGCGCACUGCGGUUUUCCCAGCGUGUCUGACGGCAAGUACUCCUCACAUGCCACGUACCAAGAAGACCAGGCGUUCUGCCCUCGCAACUUCUUGCACCGCCACCGCUUGAGCUUCACGCUGGGGGAGCGCAAGUGCGUGAUUGAGCCUUUGCCGGAUGAUUUGGCACGGGCCCUGCAGACAAUUCGAGUGAUUAGGUACGAUGUUCCGCUGAUACGCCUGAAGGACUGUCAGAGUCAACUGGAUACAGACGAUUUGGACGAGGAUGAGAAAAGGGCACUGGCGGAAGUGUCAAAGAAAGGCUACUACCAUGCCCGGCCGAAGACGCAAGAGGCCCCAUCUCCUCAGCGAAUCAGUCCUGAGGAAGCUGCAAAGGUGCAGCCGGUCUCCUUUCGAAAGCGAAACACCUUCGACACCUUUCAGAAGAAGUGGGAGAAGUUCGACAAAGAGGAGCCGGAGGUGCGGGUGGUCGAGGAGAAGAAGGAGGUUGAGAAGGAAACCGUGAAGUGGUCCUGUUGCAGGCGAAGGAAGUAG